CCUUAGCCAAGCCGAGUGGUAGCAUCUGCAAUUUUCACCGUGCCAGCUGCCAUCGGAGUGCACAGUGUGUGGUAUCUUUAAACGUGGCAAAAGAAGGCAUUGGACAUAGGAUAAAUAAGGACGAUGGCGGCCAACGCAGCGACGAUGAGGAUCCUGAUUAAGGGGGGGAAGGUGGUGAACGAUGACGUGACUCAGGAGGCCGACGUGUACAUUGAGAACGGCAUCAUCCAGCAGGUGGGCCGGGAGCUGAUGAUCCCGGGCGGGGCCAAGGUGAUCGACGCCACGGGGAAACUGGUGAUCCCCGGGGGCAUCGACACCAGCGCCCACCUGCAGCAGAGCUUCAUGAACGCCACCACUGUGGAUGACUUCUACAGCGGCACCAAGGCCGCCCUGGCUGGAGGCACUACCAUGGUGAUCGGGCACGUCCUCCCGGAGAAGGACACGUCCCUGCUGGACGCCUACGAAAAGUGCCGCGCCAUCGCCGACCCCAAAACCUGCUGCGACUACGCCCUGCACGUGGGCGUCACCUGGUGGGGACCCAAGGUGCGGGCGGAGAUGGAGACCCUGGUGCGGGAGCGGGGCGUGAACUCGUUCCAGAUGUUCAUGGCCUAUAAGGACCUGCAGAUGCUGCGGGACUGUGAGCUGUACCAGGCCUUCCAGACCUGCAAGGACAUCGGAGCGGUGGCCAGGGUCCUCGCCGAGAACGGGGAGCUGGUGGCCGAGGGGGCCAAAGAAGCCUUGGAUCUAGGCAUCAGUGGACCAGAGGGGAUUGAGAUCAGCAGGCCUGAGGAGCUGGAGGCAGAGGCCACCCACCGAGCCAUCACCAUCGCCAACAGGGCUCACUGCCCCGUCUACCUGGUCAAUGUGUCCAGCAUGGCGGCAGGGGACGUCGUGUCCUCCGCGAAGAUGCUGGGUAAGGUGGUCCACGCGGAGACCACCACGGCCCACUCGGUGCUGAACGGGCUGCACUACUACCACCAGGACUGGGCCCACGCCGCGGCCUACGUCACCGUGCCCCCCCUGCGCCUGGACCCCAACACGCCCAACUACCUGAUGAGUCUGCUGGGAAACGACACGCUGAACGUGGUGUCCUCAGACCACCGGCCCUUCACCACCAAGCAGAAGGCCAUGGGAAAAGAGGACUUCACCAAGAUCCCCCACGGAGUGGCCGGCAUCCAGGACCGCAUGAGCGUCAUCUGGGAGAGGGGCGUGGUGGGGGGUAAGAUGGAUGAGAAUCGCUUUGUGGCGGUGACCAGCUCCAACGCCGCCAAAAUCUACAACCUGUACCCCCGCAAGGGCCGCAUCAUCCCCGGGGCCGACGCUGACCUGGUGGUGUGGGACCCCGACGCGACCAGGACCAUCUCCGUGACGACACAGCUGCAGGGCGGCGACUUCAACCUGUAUGAGAACCUGCGUUGCCAUGGCGUUCCCCUGGUGACAGUCAGCCGUGGUCGGGUGGUGUGUGAGAACGGCGUGUUCAUGUGCGCGGAGGGUUCCGGAAAGUUCUACCCGCUCCGGACAUUCCCGGACUUCCUGUACAAGAAGAUGGUCCAGAGGGAAAAGUGCCAAGCGUUGAAGGCUGUGGAGCGGGCACCCUACGUUGGCGACGUUGCCAUGGUGCACAACUCGGGCAAGAAGGAGGCGGGGCCUGCCGAUGGAGACACGCCCACCCGACCCUGCACUCGACACGGCGGGAUGAGGGACCUGCAUGAGUCCAGCUUCAGCCUGUCUGGCACCCAGGUAGACGAUCAUAUUCCAAAGAGGUCUUCAGCCAGGAUUCUGGCGCCCCCUGGUGGCCGGUCCAGCGGCAUCUGGUAACCACGGAAACCACCAUCACCAGGACCAAACAAAAGUACACAGCUGCAAGAGUUCAGUACGACCACACACGUCUGGGCCGGAACGCAGGAAUAAAACUGUCUGUAUUAUUUUAAAAAAACCAACUGAGAAAACUGCACUGAUUUUAAUGAGGUUAAAUAACCAAUUUCAUUUAGGAAAUGUGUUUUAAAACCACAAAAGCAACAACAAAAAAAUACAAACUAAACUAAACGAAAGAAACUGCACUAAUUGGAAGUGGACCCUGUUCCACGGUGCGCAGAGACUGACCAAAUUGUGUUUGAUUUGGAAUGAUUGGGAAGGAGGUUUAAAAUGUUUGUGAAAAUGAUGCACUCAUUCAACAUCCAUUGUAGAAAAGGGUAUAUGAUAUGUAUACUCUCGCUUGCGGGUCUAAUAUGUUACACAAUAGAGAGAUUCUAUUCACCGAUAGUUGUGAGACAGGUCCAGAAAUAAAUUGGGCUGUCUUUUUUCUCGGGAUGCCCGGCGCUGGAGGAUGUUAAGUUGAAUAUCUCUGAACGAUAUCUACAGAAAAAAAACCAGUACAGUUUUUUUGUUGGGUUGCUAAAUCGGUGUUGACUGGAGUUAUUUAACAAUACUAGAAGUUGAGAAAAAAUGCAUAGUGCUAAUAGAUGUAGAGUAGUCAUUAAUUACGACAUGCUUUUUGUCAUCGUGUCUUCUCGUUGCCACGGAUACACCAGACCAGUGAAUCCUCCCAGUUUAUGUUUGUGUAAGCGGUACUUUUCUCAGCUCUGCCCUGAUAAACUCUUUGUGUUUGUUUGUUUGUUUGUUUUCUUUUUGGCCUUUCAGCUGCAGUCCCAGGCAGUUGGCCCCCACCCUUUUUUAAAAUGAUCCAUAACUUCCUGUUGUGACAUCGAGUACCAGUUUAAAGAAUUAUUGUAUUUCCUGUGUGUGACCCAGUAGCACUUAUGAUUCUGACGAAGAUGAUUCUCUCUGUCUCUCUUUCCACCUCUCUUUCUGUCUCUCUCUCCCUCCCCCAUCUCUCUCCCUCUCCCUCCCUCUCCCUCCCUCCCUCUCUCUCUCUCUCUCUCUCUCUCUCUCUCCCCCUCUGUCUCUCUCUCUGAUAGUUUUUUUUUUUCUUUUCUCAUGAAGCGUACAUGUGGUGAUGAAGUCCAGCUGCUUCGAUAUGUAUCUUUUCACGUUUUUGGC